UGGCACAAUGGAAGAGUACAGCUUGCAGGAUGUUCUGUCCGGAGAGGUUACAACGGUUUGCCAAGUACUUGUCAUCCACCUCGAUCACACUAACGAGGCUGUUAACGAAACUGCGCUGGUCUUGAGGCCACUGGAACAGGCCGGAUUGUGGAAGAAACCAAAGACGCCAGUGAUUGUGGUCGGAGGCAGGACAUGGGUGAAAGAUAUCCUCCUACAUGAAAGUCUACGAAACACAAUGCACGGACUCUACCUUGCCCUUCAUCCUUCAGUCCAUUCCUCUCCGAGACAUCCUCUACUACCAAGUUCUUCUGAAGAGCCAAUCAGCAGGCUGGUCAGUGUAUUCCGGCGAUGUGUGUAUUGUGAUGGUGGCGAGCCAACAGUUCGCUUGGUGGGCCGGAUGAAACUUGAGGAAGACCCAGAGAACCUCAGUAUUACUGAUCUCUCCUCCGCACUUUCAGAACCCUUCAAAGAUCUGGGAGGCCAUACCUUUAAAGUGUCCACCGUGCCAUACUUCCCUUACGUGGCCUACUCGAGGGACAUGUCGGAGCGAGGCAACAUGGUCACGCUGCAAGACUCGCUCAAUGUCAGAGUACUCAUCACCGCCUCCGCUACUCUUAACUUCACAUAUGAGGUGUGGGAAACUCCAGAUCGCUCCUUUGGGAACCUCAACGCCCAGGGCCAGUUCAAUGGUCUUGUUGGUGAACUGCAGCGUGAGGAGACCGAUUUCUGCCUCUUGUUGACCCCGACCUCCAAAAGACUUGAGGUGAUUGAUUACUUGCGCCUGGAACCGACCGACUACAUGGUGGUUCUGUCGGAGAAGCCUUCCUUACUGUCAGCCGUUAUGUCCAUCAUGAGACCGUUCUCUAACGAGUUGUGGGUCGGGUUGGUGGUUGGCCUUGUGGUGUGGAGCAUGACUGCGUGGAUGCUGCAGCUACUCUGGAAAGCAGCAACGGGCGGUCCAGGUGUCAGUUUGCGAAGAAUUCUCAUGUAUGGAUGGGGCGCUCUUCUGGAACAGCCGCCAGCAGAUCCCUCAAAGAAUUUUUCAGGCCAGAUGUUGGUGGGUUGGUGGCUGGUGUUUUGUCUCAUAAUUGUAACGGGGUUCAAGUCUUCGCUGAUCGCCCAUCUUACCGUCCAGGCAAAGUCCCAAACUCCAGAGGGGUUGCAGGAUCUUGUGGAAUUCGACAACUGGAAAUGGGGUAUUGAACCUUGGAUGUUAGAUGGACAACUUCUCAACUACUUUGAGAAGAGUACGGACCAAGUAGUGCAAGAAGUGUAUCAGAGAAUAGAAAAGUUUACCUUAAAAGAACUACUUCAGAAGGUUCUAGAAGGAAGAUAUUCGAUUGUCAGUGCUAAGAAUUACCUUAUGGUAAUUAUAGCGUCCAACUACGUGGAUAAGUAUGGCCAGAUGCCCUUUCACAUUGGCAGGGAGGAGCGGGGCAUUCUGGCCUGCUUCGGUUGGGGCAUCAGGAAAGGGGCGCCUUUUCUGGAAGCGUUCUUAACUCUUGCGUCUCGCCUUGAGGAUGCAGGGCUGAUAAAACACUGGACGGAGGUGGUGGUGGCUCAGCGCGUGAAGGAGACCAGAGCGAAGGCUGCUCCUAAAGCAACGAAUGUGUUGGGUUCACUGGAUGAGGACAAGGAAGUAAUUCUCAGUAUGGACCACCUGCAGGGCGCCUUCUAUCUGUUAUUUCUCGGGUCAGGCGUGGCGUCCAUCACCUUACUGACGGAGAAGAUACUGGGAACUGAAUCACACAAGCUCUCCUAUGGCAGGACAAUGCUCAAAUGAACAUAACAUUGAAUAAACUUCGAAAAAUAAAAUAAAAUGGUCCAUAUUUAUAUGGGGGAUAAA